GAUUUCCGACAGCACACGAACGCGGCAUUAAAGCGACACUGGUGCCAAACUGGAUCCAGUUCAUAUUGAUCCAGAAGGACAGACGGAGAGCGAGGGACGACGAUGUUUGAAAAUGUCCCCACAGUGUCGUCAGCCGAGCGGCAGCAGGUACUGGGAGCUCUGGAGCGUCUGCAGGCCAAACUGGUGCAGCGGGAGGAGUGGACCCACAGCGAGACCAUGGGGAACCUGAGGGACACCCUGCAGAGUCCGCUCUUCAGCCACAUCCUGACCCUGCAGCACUCCAUCAAACAGCUGCGAAACCAGCUGAGCAGUAUGCCUCCUGAUGCCUGCAGUGACUUCACUUUCUCCAGAAAGGGUCAGCUGAUCAUGAGUGCAGUUCAUCCAGCCAGCAGCUCGGCCCCGCCCACCCUGUCCGCCUCCUCCUCCCUCCUGACCAAUGGCUCAUCUCUGCCCGUCCGUCAGACUCCGCCCUCGUCUGACCUCCUCCUGCAGAAGUGGAUCCUCGCCGCCGCCAAGGGCCGUCACACGGAGCUGUGUCAGCUGACUCGGCCUCUGUCCGGAGGUCUGGGCUUCAGCGUGGUCGGGCUGAAUCCAGCAGGAACCAGCAGUCAGGGCGUCUUCGUCAAACACAUCCAGCCUGGAGGCAUCGCACACAGGGACGGACGUCUCCAGGAGAGGGACCAGAUCCUGGUGAUUAACGGCUGUCCUCUGGAGCCGGGGAUCAGCCAGCAGCAGGCCCUGACCCUCCUGCAGCAGCCCGGAGAGACCGUGGAGCUGGUGGUGGCCAGGGACCGCCCACUCAGCACAUCAUCAUCGUCAUCAUCACAGCCCGUCGCCAACGCCUUCAGCACGGAUCAGUGGGGUCACGUGGAGGAGAUCGAGCUGGUGAACGAUGGGUCUGGUUUGGGCUUUGGCAUCGUGGGCGGAAGGACGACCGGCGUGGUGGUCAGGACGCUCCUCCCAAACAGCGUGGCUGACAGGGACGGGCGUCUCCGCACAGGUGACCACAUCCUUCGCAUUGGGGUGACGCCCACCAGCGGCCUCACCAGCGACCAGGUCGUCAAGGUGCUGCAGGGAUGUGGGAGUCACGUGACGCUGCUGAUCGCCAGAGAUCCCCGGGGUCAGAGGUCACAGGCGCCGCCUCCCCCGCCACCUCCUGACUCGGCUCCCGUCUCCUCCUUACCGCCCCGCCCCCCCCAACGCCGAGUCAGCAAGACGCCGAACCUCGAAGGAUACGAGAUCCACGAGGUUUCUCUGACCAAGAAGGACGGCCAGAGCCUCGGCAUCUCCAUCAUAGGCUACAACCCCCUGACCAGCCAAGAUGCAGUGGGUGUGUUUGUGAAACACGUGGUCCCAGGCAGCGCUGCAGAUCACAGCGGAAACAUCCGAAUCCACGACCGUCUGAUCGCUUUGGACGGCGUCAGUCUCCACGGUCUGACCAAUCAGGAGGUCCUGGAGGUGAUGAAGCACACGGGUCAGACUGUCGUCCUCACUGUGGUCAGGAAGAAACCCCGAGUCCUGGAGAGGUCGCUGGAUAAAGUCGAGAGGGAGCCGUCUCGCGUGUCACUGAGGAGGUCAUCGGAGGUCAAAGCUCGCUCGUCUGGGUUUGGUGUCACAGCACCAAAGCUUGAAUCCUCAUACUCGAACACAGCACAGACAACAAGAGCUACAGAUGCAGAACUGUGGGCUAAAUGGGAGCAGGCUCUGGGACCAAAGUACCAAGUUCUGCCGGAGCCGGUGCGGUCGUCACGGACGCAGCAGCAGCAGCUCCUCUCGUCUCUCGGUACAUGUGGAUUUAUCUCGGCGUGUGUGAAGACUGAAGUAUGGACGAUGUUGCCGCCGGAGCGCUGGUGUGAGCGUUAUGGAGACCUGCGAGGGGAGCUGCUGUGCGUGGAGCUGGAGAAGGAGCGGCAGAGUUUGGGUCUCAGCCUGGCGGGAAACAGAGACCGCUCCCGCCUCAGCAUCUUCGUGGUCGGUCUCCAUCCGGGAGGCGCGGCAGCCCGAGACGGACGCAUCCAGGUCGGAGACGAGCUGCUUGAGAUUAACAACCAGAUCCUCUAUGGGCGGAGUCACCAGAACGCCUCAGCCAUCAUCAAGAGCGCCGCCUCCAAGGUGAAGCUCAUCCUGCUCAGUCCGUCUGUCCAGCUCUCUCUCAGUGUCUCCGCACCCACAGACGUCCCCCGCCCCCCCGACAGCCUGACGCUCCACCCGUCAUCAGACGCACCGGACGAGACGAGCGAUGAAGCCGAACAGAACAACAGGAACAGAAACAGAAACGUCGCCGCCAAGAGUCUGAGAGCGAGCGACGCCUCCAACAAGCAGAGGUUGAAAGCUGCAGAGUCUCCAGAAAAUGAGCUUCAGGCUCCAAAGGCGUCUCUGGAGCAGCAGUCCUGCAGGUCUUCCAGCAAACUAACGGCAGCAUCUCCUCCUCUGAUCAGCCCUGACCUGCAGGCCGCCAACAGAGACCCGUCCUGCUGCGCUGUGGUUCCCGGACAGGAAAUGCUGCUGGAGAUCUGUAAAGGUCGAUCAGGACUCGGACUCAGCAUCGUGGGGGGACGAGACACACAGCUGGACGCCAUCGUGAUCCACGAGGUUUACGAAGAAGGAGCCGCAGCCAGAGACGGACGGCUGUGGGCCGGAGACCAGAUACUCGAGGUGAACGGCGUGGAUCUCCGCGGGGCGUCGCACGAGGAGGCCAUCGCCGCGCUGCGUCAGACGCCGGCGAAGGUUCGUCUGACGGUGCUGAGGGACGAGGCUCAGUACAGAGACGAGGAGAACCUGGACGUCUUUAAAGUGGAGCUGCAGAAGAGGAGCGGCAGAGGCCUGGGGCUCAGCAUCGUCGGGAAGAGGUACUUCAGAAGAGCGGCAGCAGCGUGUUUUAUCUCUGAGGUGGUCAGAGGCGGCGCCGCUGAGCUGGACGGUCGUCUGAUGCAGGGAGAUCAGAUCCUGUCAGUCAACGGGGACGACACAAGACACGCCUCCCAGGAAACCGUCGCCGCCAUACUGAAGUGUGCUCGGGGUCCGGUCCUGUUGGAGUUCGGACGACUCAAAGCUGCAACCUGGAUCUCAUCCAGACGCAACUCACAAGGAAGCCAGAUGAGUCACGUGAGCGGGAACAGCUCUAGUGUUGUGGCUCCGCCCCUCACACACACUUUGACCUCAUGUGACCCCGUGACCUCCGACCCCUCGACCUCCACCGGCCCCCCGACCCUCAACAACAACACCAAGUCCAGCGGUGACAUCACUUCCUCCUCCACCAGCACAGGCGUAGAUGCUGGCGUCCGUACAGUGGAGAUCACACGGGGUGUGGGGGACUCCCUCGGGGUGAGCAUAGCGGGGGGGAAGGGCAGCCCGCUGGGUGACAUCCCCAUCUUCAUCGCCAUGAUUCAGGCCAACGGAGUCGCCGCCAAGACGCAUCGACUGAAGGUGGGCGACAGGAUUGUCAGUAUUAACAGACAGUCCGUGGACGGUCUGUCACACAGCGAGGUCGUCACCAUGCUGAAGAACAGCUACGGAAACAUCAGCCUGCAGGUUGUGGCGGACACCAACAUCAGCGCCAUCGCCACUCAGGUGGAGAGUUUGUCCAGCAGCUCAAAUCUGUCAGCGAACACCGACACACACACACAGCCGAUUCAGAGUGAGGGCCCGCGGCCCUGUAGCAUCAGCCUGGAGAAAGGUUCUGAGGGACUCGGUUUCAGCAUCGUGGGCGGUUUCGGGAGUCCACAUGGAGACCUGCCGAUCUAUGUCAAGACCGUCUUCAGCAAGGGUGCGGCGGCGGUGGACGGCCGUCUGAAGCGAGGCGACCAGAUCCUGUCUGUGAAUGGAGAGAGUCUGCAGGGAGCGACGCAUGAGCAGGCGGUCGCCAUCCUGAAGAAACAGAGAGGAACCGUCACACUGGACAUCCUGUCAUAACACACACACACACACACACACACACACACACACAAACACACACACACACACACACACACACACACAGGUAUGAACACAGACGCUCCUGUGAUUUCACACAACUUUGACUCUUGGACUACGAAUCAUCAUGAACUUCCCAACAUGCAAAAAAAAAAAAAGAAACCACAUCAGACGGUACACACACACACACACACACACACACACACACACACACACACACACACACACACAGAAAACCAGUAAAUCUCUGCAGCAUGGCCACUUCAGCAGCUGUAACAGAGUUUCUCAACCUGUGGUUCGGGGCCGCAGACGAUCUUUGCUGCUCGGUUUGUUCUGAUUUCUCAGAAACUUCUGGACGUGAAGAGUUCUGCAG